AUGGCGUCGGAGGCGGCUGACCUGGCACACGCGCAGCUGCUGUCGCCGCCCCCGCCGCCCCCGCCGCCGCCGCUCGUUAGCGCCGGGGGCGGCGUGGUGCGGCUUGGCGCGGCUCCACCCCUGGGGCCGCCCGGGGCAUAUUUCCGCGGCCCGCCCGGCUGUUCAAAGGAGAUUGGCCCGCGGGCGGCCAGCGCCGCCUGUGAUUGGACGGCUGCCUUGUUUACCGGCUCAGCGGGCGGGUCCGACCCUCCGCUCGCGUCGGGCAGCGGCGCGGCGCGGCGCGGCGGGCUGUUGUCGCAGCGGAAGGACGCGGGCGAUCCGUCGCCGCCAGCGCCCCUGGCGGCCGCGCUGUUUGGCCGUCGCCGGGACGCGGAGGCGGCGCGAGCGCCUAAUGGCCGGGAAUUAGCAUGCCUGCCGGCGUACGACCUGACGGGGCUGGUGGGCGAGACGGUGACGCUGCCCUGCAAGGUGGACACGGACCGCUGCGGGGACCUGCACUCCAUCAAGUGGUACCGUGGCUCCGCCCGCAUCUUCGUCUUCAGCGACCGCGCCCGGAUCUCCAGGCCCGAGGGCGAAUACACCGAAAGGGCGGAGCUGAACUACUCGCCCAACAGCACCGAGUCGACGCUGAAACUGCGCGACUUGCGGGUGGCGGACGAGGCCGUCUACAAGUGCGAGAUCACCUACAUCGAGGUGCGCGAGGGCUGCGCCGUCGUCCAGUUCAUCAACCUCACCGCCCUCAUCAAGCCUGAGUACGUGAAGGCGAUGCUGCGCAACGGCACGGAGCUGCCCGACGGACGAGAGAUCGGGCCGUACACGGAGGGCGACGAACUGACGCUGGUGUGCGAGUCUGGCGGCGGGAAGCCCAUCCCGGCCGUCUCCUGGUGGAACGGCACACAGCGCAUCCCAGCGACGAACGAGCAGCGCGCGGGCAGCAACGGCGCGGGCACCGGCGUCGCGACGCUGACGGCGCGCCUCGGCCGUGGGGACCUGCGGGCCACCUACCAGUGCCGCGCGCACAACGACGCACUCAAGGAGCCGCUGACCGCCUCGCUGCGCCUGCUCGUCCACGUGCGGCCCCUGGAGCUGCAGCUGACUGGCGUGAAGGAGCACGUGGUGCAGGGGACCAACGUGGCAGCCGUGUGCCAGGCGGUGGGCGCCAACCCAGAGGCCACCAUCACCUGGUACAACGGGACCGACCGCAUUAACAACACCGCGGGCAACGUCGUCGAGCAGCAGGAGGACGGCACGUUCACGACGCGGAACACGCUCAUCUUCCAGGCGACGCUGUACGAGAACGAGCGCACGCUACACUGCGAGGCCAGCAACCCGGUGAUGGCGCAGCGCGGGGACAAGCCCAUGCGCAAGAGCGUCAAGCUGGAGGUUCUCUAUCCUCCCAUCGUGACAGUGAAGCCGGACAACAUUACCGUUAACGAGAGCUCCGAUAUUACACUGGAGUGUGAGUACGUCGCCAACCCGACGACGCUGCUUGCCGUGCGCUGGUACCGGGACAAGCAACUGGUAGUGCUGAACGCCGACCACUACGAGGGCGGCACCACCGACCAGACGACGCUGCUCAUCAAGAACGCGACGCGAUUCGACCAGGGCGUCUACGAGUGCGGCCUGGAGAACGACGUGGGUGCCGAGAACUCCACCAACAGCGUCAACGUUUCCGUCUACUUCAAGCCCGUAGUGCGGCUGUCGAUGGAGCCGGAGACGCCGGUGAGCGAAGUGUCGCGACUGAACAUCACUCUGCUGUGCGAGGUGCUGGCGGGCAACCCGGCCACGCUGACCGCCGUGCGCUGGUACCUGGACGGCGAGCUGCUCAAACAGCUGCCCGACUGCAACGCCACAGACGACGCGGCGGCCACCUUCUGCGACGUAGACCCCAGCCGGCUCAUGCUGGAGGACGUGGGCCGCGGCUUCCACGCCAACUACUCGUGCGAGGGCAUGAACGACGCCGGCUGGGGGCCCACCUCGCCGGACCGCGAGCUCGUCGUCUUCUAUCCUCCUGGACCUGCAACAUUGGUGUAUGAGCCUAGUCGAGUUGUGAAGAAAGGCACAGUGACGUUAACGUGCAGUGUGGAGGAUCCAGGAAGACCAGAAACAACAAAAUUCCGCUGGAUCAGAGGAUCUCAUAACAUAUCAGCAGUAACAUCAGCUAACUGGACAAUUGACCCUGUGUCAUUAGAAACAGAAUCAAAUUUCACAUGCCUUGCCUAUAAUGAAGGAGGAGAAGGAGAGCCAGCAACUGUUUUUAUUGAAGUACUAGCACCACCAGCAUUCAUUAACACUUCACCACCAUAUUAUGGAGCAGCAGUAAACACUCAAAACUUAAACAUUUCCUGCCGUGUGGAGUGUUCGCCAAUUUGUGAAGUGAAUUGGUUGAAGAAUAAUGUUCUCAUUGAUACAAGCAAUGGGUCAGCUUCACCAUACACUGUAAUUAAUAAGCGUCUGCCUGCUGACACAGCUGCUAAUGAUUUCCAGUCCAUACUGUCAACACUGCUGUGGAAUAUGGAUGCAUGGCCUGGGAAGCAGUUUGAUAUACUGCAUGAUAGUGCAAAUUACACAUGUCUUAGCACAAGCAACUCUGUGGGGCCUGGUGUUAACAGUACCACAGUGUUCAGGGUAGAAUACCCACCAGGUAACAUCACAGUUUCAAAUAAAGUGGUUUAUGUAACUGAAGGACAUGUUCCAGAGAAAGUUCUGUGCAAUGCAAAAGCAUAUCCGGAGGCUAGUUAUCAGUGGUGGAAAGAAGGUGAAAAAGAACCAAUAGUAAAAGGAAAAACACUCAUGCUGAACUUUGCUGUACAUCGUCGUAAUAGUGGAAACUACAUCUGUGAAGCUUCCAACCGGCAUGGAAAUAUAACUCAAAAAACAACAAUAAAUGUUCUGUAUAAGCCAGAAUGUGCCAUUACUCAAGCUGAAAUGGAUGGAAAAUUGGUUUUAACAUGUUCUACAAGUGCAAAUCCACCAGAAGUUGAUUUCACUUGGCGAAUCAAGAAUGAAAAUGACACAAUAGAAGAAAAUGUGGAGAAAAAAGGACAAAGCAGCAUUCUCACUCUGGAAUCUUAUGUUGAAAAUUUCCGCACAUAUUUGUGCUUUGCAAAUAAUAGUGUGGGAGUAGGAAUUCCUUGUGAAAGAGAUGUCACAGCAUACCAGGAGAAAAGUAGUAAGUUCAGAGACACAGGACAUGCUGUGACAUGGUGGGGAAGGUUUGAAAGUGACCAUAUCAUUGUCAUCAUUGCAGUCAUUGUUGGUGCUAUAUUAAUGGUGAUCAUCGUUUGUGUCAUCAUUAUCAUUAUCUGUAGAAGAAAGAGAGCUGAUGAUAAAUACAAUAAUCCAGUGGAGCUCGAGGAGAGAGAAAACCCAGAUGGCAACGCAAGUGUAACACCAUCUCAGAACCCAGCACGCCCAGUCCACAAGUGGCCACUACGUCCAGGGGUCCUAGUGCAUGUGAACGGAUCGCAUAGUUUGAAUUUUGGAAGAUUGCAUCAAACUACACAUGACAGUGCUGCUAGCUCUAACACUUCAAAUUACAGUCUACCUUACUCAAGUAAUACUAUGCCAAAAAACUUAGCAGCAAGGAAGGAGCGUACAAAGAAGUGUACGCGCAAACUGAAACAGAGACGUGCAGUUAGUUUAAGUAGCCUACGCCAUGAUGACACUAACCAACACAGUAGAGCAAACAAAAUAAGACAAAUGUUUGUGAAUGAUGGUACAAAAUACCAUUGUGAUACAUUACCUGGCAUCUUUCAUGGAAAAUCAGGAGUGGUGACUUUCAAGAAGUUAGAAGGCCCAAUCAACUACAGCGUAUCACGGAAACGAAAAAAACCUGGAUCAGGCCCAAAUCCAUCAGCUACCAAAGAUAAAUCAAAGCCUGACUUGACCUCAUCUUUAGGUGAUGGCCUUCUUCAGCCAGAUGGGGACAAGGCAUUUUAUGAAAAUCUGCCAUUUCAUGGUAUGCAGUCAGCACCAAACAAGCCCUUUCGACCUGAAUUUUCUGAUCUGGACUAUGCUGAUGUUGAUUACCGUUCCUAUGGGCCAAUAAACUACAAGAAAGCAUCCAUAGAGGCAGCAGAAAGAAAAAAAGAAGAAAUACAAGGGAAAACAAAGCAGCAGGAAAAUGGUUCCCAGGCUGAAGACCUGCUUUAAUCUGUGCAUUUAUAUCUGUGUGUAUCUGUUUCAUCCAUCCAUCCACCCAGUGGAAGAAGAAAAGGAAUAGCACAGUCUUUACAGAUAUAAUUUACAACAUUCUUCACCAAACAUUAAUUGUCAUUUGUAACAAAUAUUAACAAAAACUAACGGCUACAUUUGUAGUGCUGAAUCUCAUUUGCUUAAUAGCACACCCUUAACAUGAACAGUACCAUUGAAAGUGUGUAAUGGUGUAUUUAUAAAAAAAAUUGGUGGUGCUUUUGCUGCUCUUACAAAGGUACUGCAACAAAUUUAUAGUGACUGAAAGUGAUUUGUAUGUGAUUAUAUGAAAAUGAACAUUUGAUUACUGAAUGUUAAAUAUAUAUGAUUAUAUAUAUAUUACACACACACACACACACACACACACACACACACACACACACACACACACACACACACACACACGAAUACAGAUGUGGUACUAAUGUACAUAUGCCAAAGGGAAAAAAAAUGUAAGUUAUGUAAAUUUAUGAACAAGUUAUACUCAGCAUAUUUAGGUUGUGAGUGUUUUAAUAAAGAAAAUAGUUUUUUUAAUACAAAAAUGUUUCAUGAAAGUACUUUAAAAAAGUACCCACUAUAAGACGUUUUAGUGUGUUUACUAGCGUGUGAAUAUGACAGAACAAAACUGUGAAAUGUUAACUUUGAAGCUGAUGUGUGCAUAGUGUUAUGGCUUCCAUUAAUGUCUCAGAGAACAGAAGAGACGGGAGUCACUGCAGGUAUUUUUGUAUCCAUAUUGAAUGCACAAGUUAAAAGUAUGAAUGAACAAGCAAUCUUACGUUUUUUAAAGAAGUGGACAUUUUCCAUGAAAGAUAUGUUGUUUAUGCAAACAAUUUGCUUACUCUUGUGAUUAAUGCGUCCACAUUUGUAUUAGUAAAUGGUCUAUUAAUAACCAGUAUUCUUAUGAAAAAGAAAUAUUGUUUCCCACCCCUAACACAAUCAUUCUACAUCAUUACAGCCCCUAUGGAUGUUAGAUACAUUUGUGAGAUUGGAGUGUUGCUCAAUCAUUGCUUUGGCAGAAAGUAGUUUUUUGCUUCAGUGUUGUCCUAGUUCCUUUUAUUUUUAGCCGUGACCAAACUAAUUUUUGUAAAUACUUACAUAUAAUUUUUAAAAUGAUUACCACAAAUGUCAUUUUGUAGUUCUUAUUUUACUGCAAAUAAGAAAUAAAAUUCUGACUAUACCAUGA